AUUGCCUUGCAGGAGGGACUGAAAAUACAGCUUCUUCCUGAAUCCACGGGCAGAGUUACUAGAGAGCUCAAGACAUAACACUGCAGAGUAACGCCUUGGAAUGUCCUUGCACUUUAUAAACAAUUGUACUGGGGAGGGAAUAUUUUUACAUGACAUUUGCACAGCUUGACAAAUGGCAAGCUGAGGCUGUGUGCUGCUCUGACGAACACUGAUUUUUCACGUAGAGAUACCCCACAAACAGACCAAAGAGAGAUAUCUAAGUGCUCCGGGAAAGUAGAAGUGGAACUUGAAGCCUUAAAAAAAUAACAAACAAAGAGCGGCAGUUAAGUGAAGAGAGCAAGAUUUUGAUGUUGGGCAGGAUGGCAUCUGCCCAGGACCUUUUAAUUCUGGCACUAUGUGGCUUGUUACUAGAGUUACCGGCUGGAUGUCAUGCAACAGAUACAAGACAGCCAAGGUUACGUCUGUCACAUAAAGAGCUCUGGGAUUUAAACAGGACAUCAGUCUUUCAUAGCCCAUUUGGAUAUCUUGGUCUUCAUAUAAUGCUCCUGGAUGAGUAUCAAGAGCGACUGUUCGUGGGAGGAAGAGACCUCUUGUACUCCCUCAGUUUGGAUCGAAUCAGCAACAACUAUCGAGAGAUACAUUGGCCUAGCACACCUCUUCAAGCAGAAGAAUGCAUAAUUAAAGGAAGAGAUGCUGACGAAUGUGCUAAUUAUGUCCGUGUCCUUCACCGAUACAACAGAACACAUCUUCUGGCUUGUGGAACAGGAGCUUUUGAUCCAGUUUGUACCUUUAUAAGAGUUGGACAUCCAUCAGAGGAUCAUCUGUUUCAACUGGAAUCGCACAAAUUUGAGAGAGGACGAGGCAGGUGCCCUUUUGACCCCACUUCUUCCUUCACUUCCAUCUUAAUUGGUGGUGAGCUUUUUACUGGUCUCUACAGUGACUACUGGGGAAGAGAUGCUGCUGUCUUUCGCACCAUGAAUCGUAUGGCACAUCUCCGAACUGAACCUGAUAGUGAGCGCCUGCUGAAAGAACCAAAGUUUGUUGGCUCAUAUAUGAUUCCUGACAAUGAAGACCACGACGAUAACAAAGUAUAUUUCUUCUUUACUGAAAAAGCAUUAGAGGCUGAGACAAGCACUCAUGCCAUUUACACCAGAGUGGGACGUGUGUGUGUGAAUGAUAUGGGAGGACAGCGAAUGCUUGUGAAUAAAUGGAGCACUUUCCUCAAAACCAGACUAGUUUGUUCUGUGCCUGGAAGAAAUGGAAUUGAUACGCAUUUUGAUGAAUUAGAGGAUGUGUUUUUGCUGCAAACUCGUGAUAACAAAAAUCCAGUGAUAUUUGGCCUCUUCAACACUACAAGCAAUAUAUUUAGAGGAUAUGCUGUAUGUGUUUACCAUAUGGCAAGUGUCCGAGCAGCUUUCAAUGGACCAUAUGCUCAUAAAGAAGGACCAGAAUACCACUGGGCUCUAUAUGAAGGGAAAGUACCUUAUCCUAGACCUGGUUCAUGUGCCAGCAAGGUGAAUGGUGGUCUGUAUACUACCACCAAAGACUACCCUGAUGAAGCUGUCCAUUUUGCCAGGAGUCAUCCACUCAUGUAUCAGCCCAUCGAGCCUGUUCAUAAAAGACCAAUACUAGUAAAAACAGAUGGAAAAUACAACCUUAAGCAAAUAGCAGUGGACAGAGUGGAGGCUGAAGACGGGCAAUACGAUGUGUUGUUCAUUGGCACAGAUAAUGGAAUUGUGCUGAAAGUCAUUACAAUUUACAAUCAAGAGACAGAAUCAAUGGAAGAAGUGAUUCUUGAAGAGCUGCAAGUAUUCAAGGUGCCAAUUCCUAUUAUUUCCAUGGAAAUCUCUUCAAAAAGGCAACAGCUCUACGUUGGAACUGAGUCAGUCGUAGCACAAGUGAAGUUCCACCAGUGUGACAUGUACGGCACAGCCUGUGCCGACUGCUGCCUGGCUCGAGAUCCCUACUGUGCUUGGGAUGGCAUCUCUUGCUCCCGGUACUACCCCACGGGAAUGCAGGCAAAGAGACGCUUCCGCAGACAAGACGUGCGACAUGGAAAUGCAGCUCAGCAGUGCUUUGGCCAGCAAUUCAUUGGAGAAGUCCUGGAGAAGACCGAGGAGCGACUGAUUUAUGGAAUAGAAUACAACAGCACCCUUCUGGAGUGCACCCCUCGGACCUUACAGGCAAAAGUAAUCUGGUUUGUCCAGCGAGCCCAUGAAACUAAGAAGGAAGAGGUGAAGACAGAUGACAGAAUAAUCAAAAUGGACCUUGGCCUCCUAUUUCUGAAGCUGCAUCGACUGGAUGCAGGGACUUACUUUUGUCAGACAGUGGAACACAGCAUAGUUCACACCAUUAGAAGAAUCACUCUGGAAAUAGUCGAGGAAGAACGUGUAGAUGAAAUGUUCAAUAAAGACUAUGAGGAGGAGAUACCUCACAAAAUGCCAUGCCCAGUGCAGAGCAACAUACCUCAGGUAUCAAAACCAUGGUACAAGGAAUUUCUUCAACUGAUAGGUUACAGCAACUUCCAGAGGGUGGAGGAAUACUGUGAAAAAGUCUGGUGUACGGAUAAGAAGAGAAAAAAGCUGAAAAUGUCUCCAUCCAAGUGGAAAUAUGCCAAUCCUCAGGAGAAGAAGGCAAGGAUCAGGCCGGAGCACUACCGGUUGCCCAGGAACAUAGCUGACUCUUGAUGGACAAAAUCCAUCUGCUGUUUCUGGGCAAAAUUUUAUUUGGACUUAAGUAAGAGGGCAAAAUCAGUUUGGUUUUGGUAAAUGAAACAGGUUUAUAUGUAUAAAAUAUCAGGACUGAAAACAAAUAUGCUAUGGUAAGUUAUACCGUACACUCAUGAUGACUGUUUAGAAGCAUUUUACACAAAAUCUUAUCUGUUUCUAAGUAGGUCAAUACAAUCAGUUUUGCAUUAGGGAGGGUGUGACAAUCUUCAGACUUUGAGUGCUCGAAUCAUUUUCCUGUGUGGACCAUGCUUGUGCUGUAUAUUGUUGCAUAUGAUGGCAUAUUUAAGUAAAUUCAAAUAGCUAAGCAUUCAUGAGUGGGUAUAGAACACAUAUCUUUCCUUACUUUCACAAGUUUCUCAUGCUUCUGAAAGCAGCAUGUCUUAAGAUCUUUCAUUUUGAUUAUGACCAGUCCAAAUUCAUCACUGAGAGCAGUGAGAUAUGUUAAUAUGAUGUCCUGCUAUUUCUAAAGAUAAUGAAGGGAAACUCUAUUUACUUCCACUGUUAUUUGUCUCCUCAGUUAUUUAUGAAGCACAGUGUACUGUCAUGGCUAAAUAAUAUUACCUAGUAACUUAAUGUAAGUCAAAUGCAUGCUGAGAACACAAACAGAAUGAAAUUCUUCAACACAUCUAUACAAAAUGUUGGAAUAAUGCUUUAGAUAGAAAACAAGUCUAUCUUGUCUCUAAUAAUGGACAUUGCCUUAAUACCAACACAAAUUAAGGGAGUGCCCUCUUGUGGCAAAACAAAGUAAAUCUGAUAGUAUACAUUUUCGGAAGAAAUGUGUAUAGCUGAGAAGUAUUCCUAGGUCCACAGCUGGUUUGUUUUCAGCAUACACUUCUUAUCUCCAUGUGCCAAAUCCACAGAUUUAGAAGGUAGUGUUGGAAGUCACUCAUCCUGGAAAAACAGCAUUUAAAGUAAUACUUCAUGUCAUUAAGGUACUUUUUGGAUAAAAUGCAGUAAUACAAAGUUAGGAAGAAGACUGAAACAAGAACAGUGUUAUGCAGCUGUUUUUCUAUAGUACCACAAUCUGAUCCUGGCAAACUUUCCUGAUAUGUGAUCUCUGGUCAAAAGAGCUGCUUUGCUGUUCUUGUGCUUGAUACUAGGAUAGGAGACCAAAGGAGUAAGCCUCUUACAAUCUAAGACUUUCAAGACUUUUUUUUUUUUUAAUGAAAAAAUGCUUUUCUUUGAGCACAAGAAACCAGCUGCAUAAAAUCCAGAAAAUCUCGUUGUUCACUGCUUGGAAAAUCUGAUGUUACAAAAUGGGCCGGUUUUAUAGAAAUAAAUAAAUAAAUAAAUAAAUUAGUGGAAAGAUAGGGAAAUUAUAAACGCAAAUGAGUUAAAAAUGAGUUAACUCCUCAAACAGAAACAUGAUGUCAGUAGAAUAAAUAGACAAGCUGUUACAGAUUCUGAUGCUGCCUAAGAAAAUAUACAAAGGAUUCACUAACCACAAUGAGGUUCGUGUACAGCUUCAACUUCUAAUCAGAAAACAGAAUUUUGAAUUAAUGAGCAUUAACAUCCUGGGGAACAGACAUUUGCUAGCUUUGCUGUGCUGACAAAUUUUGCCAUGGGUGCUGAUGCAGUGCCCUCCAAGCGCUGUGUGAGAGAGUCUCAGAGAAGGAGCAGGGAUCUUUGCUGUGCCCCUCUGGAAACUGACUGUCCCAGGCUUUGGAAAGAACCUUUGCACGCACUACCAGCAAGUGCUCUCAUAACAGCAGAUAAGCCUUUCCAUCAGCCAGUUAUCUUAAGGAAAACAAUUUAUCAGGAAGUUUGCACUUCGUGAAGCUAGAUAACCUGUCUGAGAGAUGGGAGUGGACACUGUGCAUUGCCUUGCAUGAAUGUGCGUGGUUGCUAACUUUGAUCUAAUACAGUAGACUAGCUAAAUUCACUUUUCAGUGACAGUUUAAUGGAACUUAGCUGCAGUUAGGAUCUCUGUUUAUUUACAGCUACAUGGAAAGUUCUAAAGCUCUAUGCUUUAGCUCUUUAGCUCUAAAGACUAUGGCAGAGAGAACACAGAAUAAGCAUCCCUAAUUUAUAUUUAAUCCACUUUACAAUUUACCUCGGCAUCCCUGACUGGAAAACUGCUAAAACACCACUGAUAUCUUCUGAUGAAUUAUGGAGCCCACCUCUUUUCAAUAGUAAUGGGAGUUAUAUUUUACUUUUUUUUUUCUUCCUGAUUCUUAGUAUCUGCUGCCAAAUGUACAUUUAAUAGACUGUUAGAAAAGAGCAGCAGUAUCUCAGCCUGAUGGAACAAAUAUGACUUUAUGACUCAUUCUCUGAGAUUUCAGGUAGAAAUCAUGUGAUAUGCAAAUCAGGAUUCCUGAUUUAAUAUGAGUAUGUAUUUUAGCUCCCCAUCCCUUAGUGGUUACAUAUGGAGAAUUCCAUUAAAUUUUUAUUAAAAGUUUAAAUUUCUAGGUCACACCUUGCAACUUCCCUGGUUGACUGAGAAGUCACAACUAAAAGAUCUUGUUUAGAGUGCUACAGCAUCUAUGGAAGAAGAGAAAGACUGACAGUAAUGUGUUUUGGAAGGAUAUGCACAAAUGUACUUAUACACGAUGUUAUUUAAAAUGCUUCUUUGUAUAUAUGGGAGGCAUUGUCUGCUUCUUUUCAUUAUGAGUUUGAUGUAUUUUGUAUGUGCAUGAAGUGGUCAAGUUACAAAUAUAAUUAAGAACCAUAUUUGGCUGACAUCAUUUGUAUUAUUUCUCGUAAUUCACUUUUACCAGACAGUAUGAUCAUGUGCAUAUCAUGUGCAUGAUCAUGAGUAGAUUCUGCUUGG